AGUUAAUUGAUAUAUAGUCACGUGUUCCUAAUUGCUGCCAUAGAUAAAACAAAGUUUGAAGCAGGAAUAUUACACGACCAUUUUGAUAGUAUUGCCAGAAAAAAUGGAUCACAAAGUUACUUUUGUCUUUACUUUAACAGCUAUAUCUUUGAUCAGCUUCUAUGUUGAUUGUCGGAACACGAUUAAAUACUGCGACUCGUAUAAGGAUAUCUACAAAGCCUAUCACAGCUGUGCUAUUUUCUCUAUGUAUAACACUUCCAGCCGAAAUACAAUGUUGUUUGACAAAGAGGUGAUAUAUAGACAGGAUCUUGUAGAACUUCUUAAUUACUGGUGCAGUAUUUUGGAUGCGGCAUCUUCCUGUACAAGUGGUAAAGCAUUGAGAUGUAACAACAGAGCUGAAAUAUCAAUGUUGGUUAGUAAAACAGGCGGAGCAUGCAAAAAUGGGCAUCUUAACGAAGAGUAUCAACAGAGACUUCCAGCAUCAUUUAGAUACGACACGAACUGCGUAAGUCAAGCUUUUGACAUUACAGAGAGGUGCGAGGAUGAAACUCAAAAUAUCGGAUAUAGUGUUGACAUUGUAGAUGGUGUAAAAAAAAUGGAAACCACUGUUGAGCAUCUCCUUAAAUGCAACGCAGACUCAUUGAGGUCAUCUUCGAACACGUGCGUGUCAUCAGAAGACAGUGUUUUGUUGUUGACUCUUAGAGCAUUAACAUUUUCUGUACCUCAUGUACUUGGAGUAGACCUUCCCAUUUCCACUGUGCUUGAAAUUGUUGGAUUAUAGACAACUACAAUUUACGACUUAUUCUUGUAAUAUUCUUUUGAAAUGGCAAAUCAUUUACGAAAGCGUUCGUUGUUUUACAAUUAGGUCGUAAUAUCAUCCAAAGCUGUAUUUGUGUACAGGCUUUGUCCUGCUUUGAAUUUAGAUUAUAGUAAAUACCAAUGUACAAUAACACCUAAAUUUUUUUUUUAUUUCUUAUAAUUGAGCUGGUACAGCCUUGACAUUUAUAUCACACCACCUGAGGUAAUUAAUAUUAUUAAUUGUCUUGAUCAGUAACAUCAUUAAAGUUUAUUUCAAAUCACCUAAAGUAAUUCAUCUGAAAUCAUCAAUUCAGAUUUUGUUUUUGAUAAGAGGAAACCGUUUCAAAUUUGUAAUUGUCUAGAUCAUAGCAACAUUAAAAUUUACUUAGAUCGCCUAAAGAACUAAAUUUUCUUUAUUGCCUUGAUCAGCAACAACAUUAAAUUUUAUAUCUGACCACAAACAUAUCCUUCAUUCCUUAUCACUUUGAUCAAGUAGAAAAUAUUCUAAAUUAUCUUGAUCUUUUUUAACAAUAAAGAUUAUACUAGACCGCUUAAAUUACAUUUUAUUCGUUAAUGCCUUGAGCAGCUACAAAAUAAAACUAUAAGAGACCAUCUAAAAUACAAAAUAUUC